AUGAAUAAUCCGCAGCAGUAGUAAUACGAUAGCCAAUCAAGUGCGUAGAUCUCCCAGUCUACAUUCAGUCGCACUCAAUCGCAAGUAUCCCCUCGUUCUCAGCAGCAAUAGCAUUUGGGAUCCAACAUCAACAACAUUGAGACAUUUAUUCACUCUAGGUUGCUGAAUAACAAUUCAGCAGGGAACUCGUUCUAAGUUCCCAGUAGUUAAAUCUCUAGAGGAGCAGGAGGUGGGCCAAUGAUUUAAGGCUAACUCAAUCAUACAUUUGCAUCUGGAUCAUAAAGUUCAAGAUAAAUUAUCCUCAACAACCCAGGAUUACUUGGCAUAAGCAGUGGGGGUCCUAUUGAAGUGGAGCAGGCUCGCUAGCAAAGUUCAACUGACUUCAUAAGGAACUAUCAGCCUCACAACUUCACUCCACCUUCAAACACUGCCAAUACUAGUAUGAAUCCAGUUUAACAGCAAAUGAAUCAGUUCAUUUAGUAGCAGUAACCUCCAGAGAUUCAUCAAUAGAUUCAGCAGCAACAGUAAUAGUAAUAGCAGCAGCAAUAGAUGUAAUAGUAAUAUCAAUAGCAUUUCAGUGGGUUCCAGCAUCGAAUUCCAGUAGCAAGCGCCUUGGGUGGUGGUGUUGCCAGCAGAUAGUAGCAUGUCAUCCCCGGCCAUGUGCAAGGUGGGGCCUCUCAACAGCAACAGCAAUAGUAUCAAGCAUCUUUCUUUAAUAAUAAUGCGAACAUCGAGAGUAGAUUGGAGCAGUAGAAAAUAAAGCAGAAACUGCUUGAUUAAGAAAAGGAAUUUAAGAUUAAAAUGAUUGAGCUCAAGAAAUAACUUAACUACAUAGAUAAAACUAAUUGGUUUUUCGAAAGAGACACAGUAGACUUUACAUCUUUCAUCCCCUUCGAGACUGAUAGAGGCAUGGAGAAAAGUGCCUCAUUUUCACUGGGAUAAGUUGGAGGCAAGAAGUGA